CAUACUUACUGUGGAUGUGGCAAUAGACCUGCAGCUACCGUGCUGGCCUACAUUCUACGCACUCGAAGGAAGUCUAAACGAUCUUACGUCCGUUCUCAAGGUGUAUGCAGACUCACAAGAGAAUGUAUCGUCAUGGGGAGCAGAGGAGAGGGGAUACGCUUUACUAGGGAACGUGUUCAUAGACCAGUGGUGGAAAUACAUUGCUACUACAUAUCCAUCCAGCAGCUUUCUACCACUGGUGAACUUGAUCCUGUCGGUUGUCCU